AUGGAGAGGCCCCUGGAGCGGGACAACAUGACCAGGGUCCAGCAGUUUGUCUUGCUGGGCUUGUCCACAAGGCCAGAAGUAAGGGACGUCCUGUUUGCCGUCUUCCUGACCCUCUACCUGCUGACCCUCCUGGAGAACACGCUCACCGUCCUCCUCGUCUGCAGGCACAGCGAGCUCCACAAGCCCAUGUACUUCUUCCUGGGCAACCUGAGCUGCCUGGAGAUGUGCUACGUGUCGGUGACCACGCCCAGCCUGCUCGCGGGGCUGCGGGCUGGACCCUGCCGCGUGCCCUUCACAGCCUGCAUGACCCAGCUCUUCCUCUUCAUCUCCCUCAUCUGCACGGAGUGCUCCCUCCUGGCGUCCAUGGCCUACGACCGCUACGUGGCCGUCUGCCGCCCACUCCACUACCCGCUGCUCAUGAGGCCCCAGGUCUGCCUGGGCUUGGCCGUGGCUUCAUGGCUUGGUGGGCUGCUGGUCUCAGUGGUCAAAACAGCAUGCAUCGCCAGCCUGUCCUACUGUGGCCCCAACGUCCUCAAC